GCUCUGUAGCUGUGUGCAGCAGUAUCAAGAGUUGGGUGUACAAGUGGAAAGACAACUACUUAUCCUCUUAAUUUUGCAGAAAGGUCUAACAGUCAAGGGAACCAUGGUUGUGUUGAAGAUUUCGGCUUUCCUCGCUGCCUAUGCCCUGGUCAUUUGUCACAUGUACUGCUCACAUGCCGCCCCCGUCAGACCUGGCUUGGAGUCUGUGACAGACCAAGUCACACUGUCAAAUUAUGAAGCUCAGAGGUUGCUCAAUGCCAUAAUGAAAGAGUUCUUGGAAAUGACGAUGGAAGAUUUUGACCAACAGGAGAACGACGGAAAUAGCAGCGUGACAGCGCAGAAGCGCGCCUGCAACACCGCUACCUGCGUCACUCACCGCCUGGCGGACUUCCUGAGCCGGUCGGGGGGCAUGGGCAAUCGCAACUUCGUCCCCACCAACGUAGGAGCCAAGGCAUUCGGCCGGCGGAGGAGAAGUACCUCCAUGUGAGCCUUUUCGCGAAAGGCGGGGUACGCUCAUCACAUUUAAUUUCAGGCACACGAAAAACGGACCCUCAUAUGAAGCAGAACGGCGUGCAGACAACAGGACUGACUACUUGCAUUUUUUCCUGAUCGUAUGAUUUUUGCUUUUCGUCGAACAUGGAAAAAAAGAACAAAUAGAGCACUUUCAUUCACUAUGGUCAUAGAACCUCAAAGUACAGAAAACUACAUUUUUUAAUAUAUACAGAUUUGUUUGAAAUAAACGGAAAACUGCACUGGUCCCAUACUUCUCUUUUAACGUAAACAUAUGUGUCAUGUGACCCGCUGUCCUCCAUCCGUCCGAGUAGCGCGCCGGGGGGUAGGCCUAUAUUAAAACGGGACGCUACCUUCACAUUGACCCUGUCUUGUGCCUUGAUGUAAAACACUUUUCGUGACAUGAUUGUAUAGUAUAUUAAAAAAAAGAACAUACAAAUCUAUUAAACUAAUAUUGUAACAAAUGUUAAUUUCAGCAAGAUUAAAAUGUAUUUUAGAUACA